AUGGGUUCUAGCCUGACAUGUGCGGGCGUGGUGUGGGCUCUGCUCUCCUUCCUGUGUGCGGUGGCCUCCUGUGUGGGUUUCUUUAUGCCAUACUGGCUCCUAGGGUCCCAGAUGGGUAAACCGGUCUCCUUCGGGACCUUCCGGCGGUGCUCGUACCCGGUGCGUGAUGAGGUUCGCCAGGCCACAGUGAUGCUGGAGCAGUGUGGGCGUUACGCCUCCUUUCAGGGUAUCCCCAGUUUGGAGUGGAGGAUCUGUACGGUGGUGACGGGGGUGGGCUGUGGCCUGCUGCUCCUGGUGUCCCUCACGGCCCUAAUGGGCUGCUGUGUGUCUGACCUCAUCUCCAGGACCAUCGGACGCGUGGCCGGGGGCAUCCAGUUUGUAGGGGGUAAGUUAAAAUCAUUAAGUGCUGUUGGUAUUUAAGUGAUUUGAAGAUGGGAUUGUGAUAGAUGGGUGGAAGGAUAGAUGGAUGGUUUGAUGGAUAAAAUAAGGAGUAGACUGACUCCUCCACCAAUGGGUGUAGAAUUGAAUCAUUGAAUGAUUAAUAGAAUGAAGCUGGGCUGAACAGCAACUCCACAACGUUAUAUUUGGUUUCACUCUUUGUCUUAUUUAUCUGACCUUUGGGGUCUGAGGAGAGAGAGAAAUUAGGUGGUGAUGGUGGGGGCUUCCUUAUCCAGAUGCUUCCUGGUGUAACACACUCGACGUGUGGUGUGUAGUCCUAGUUGUGUGUGUCCUCUAAAGAAAAAUGCCUCUUAUAGAGGGAGGGCCUCAGCCUUCUCUUUCCACUCAUGCACUCAUCCCCCUCUCCUCUCCUCCCUCUGUAUAAAGACUUUGACCGCUCUUUUCAUUCAGCCAGUGUGGGGGACUAG